GCCACAUUCACAGCACGUUUAACGGGGUUUCUAUAAAAAAUAAACGUGAAAAUUUGCGAAAUCGUGUAAAAAUACCGGGUAAACAACUGACACGUGAUUGAAGCGUGUUCGGUGCUCAUGGAGGGGGUAAAAGUGGCAGCAGCGGUGUCAGUGGAAAAUCGACUCUAGCUGCAAAACAAACGAAUGCGAAAGUGUGUACGAGACUUCAGUCACGUCCGCUAAAAUUUUGUUUAUUACCUCUCGGUCGCGAGGGUUGCUGCAAGGAAAAUGAGAAAAUAAUAAUAAAUGUUUUAUUUCAGUAACACUGCUCGAAGUGUACGAAUUGAGGAGAUAACGAAUUUGUUCUGUGAAGUUCACAGUGUGAACGUGCGUUGUAUAAAUACCUAACCGAUAAACAGUGACUGUUAAAUAAAUUGUGUUCAAAUUUCAAUGAUAUGAGUCAAAGGGAUACAGUGAUACAUCUAGUGGCAGGAGGCGUGGCGGGCACGUUCGGCGCCAUCGUCACCUGCCCCCUGGAGGUGGUGAAAACGCGACAGCAGUCGUCGCGCGGCGGCUUCCACGUCCCCGUCACCACGUCGCCAACCGUACCCGGCGACGGCGGCGAGCGCAAGACCACGUGCCGCACGGUGCCGCCGCCCGCGGCGCAGAGGCGUAGGUUGUGGACGAGCACAAAGUACAGCCGGCCUCAAGUUGUUGCGCUUUCAGGUUACGCGCCCCCGUCCCCGAAAGCUGCCGCCCCGCAGGCGCACCUGCCCCCCAACGCGCAGAUGUCCAAUUACACCAUUACUCAGUGCAUCAGGCAUAUUGUCAGAUACGAGGGCCCCAUGGCGUUGUUCAAAGGCCUGAUACCGAAUCUAGUUGGCGUGGCUCCGUCCAGGGCCGUCUAUUUUUGCACGUACUCGCAAGCGAAGCAGUUCUGGAACGGGCUGCUGCCUCCAGAUUCGCCGAUAGUUCACGUUUGCUCCGCAUCGUGCGCGGGGUUCAUGGCGUGCACGCUCACCAAUCCGAUUUGGUUCGUGAAGACGCGCUUGCAGCUCGAUCUCAACAAAGACAGGAAGAUGUCGGCCAUGCAGUGCGUGCAGAGGAUCUACGCCAAAUCGGGAAUCCUAGGCUUCUAUAAAGGCAUAACCGCCUCGUACAUGGGCAUUUCGGAAACGAUAGUCCACUUUGUCAUCUACGAGGCCAUUAAAGCCGAACUGAUGGCAAAUCGCUCUCAGGAUCGCGACGAACGUUCCAGCAAAGACUUUUUGGAGUUUAUGCUCGCAGGGGCCAUCUCGAAAACGGUAGCCUCCUGCAUAGCGUACCCUCACGAGGUGGCCCGCACCAGGCUACGGGAGGAGGGCUCCAAGUACACAGGAUUUUGGCAGACGCUAGCGCUUGUUUUUAAAGAGGAAGGCGUCAAAGGCGUGUACAGGGGGUUAACGACUCAGCUGGUCAGGCAGAUUCCCAACACUGCCAUCAUGAUGUCGACCUACGAAGCUGUAGUGUACAUUUUAACCACCAGAUUCAAUACAGAGUUCUACAGCAAAGAAGAGCAUUGAGUUUGUUAGCGCGUUGUUGAGUCUUUUUAUAGAGGGUUUAGAUGAUUUUAUUAAAGCGGUUGAAAGACGUGUUUUCAGUUGGUUAGUUCUUGGUCUACGAGAUGCAAAUUUGAUUGAUAAAAUGGCGCCAAAUUUUUGACAUGCGCGCAUGCGGAAUUGUAUGCGUAUGUUAUAUUAAAGUUACAGGAUGGGGAUGCUAAAAUUAAUGCGGAAGUUCCGUAACAUUCUUAAUGCGGAAGUGCCGCGGUUGCGAACAUCUGCAACAUUGCUAAUUUUUGUCUUGUUACAAUUUACGAUAUUAUCAACAGAAAUAUAUAUGCGGAAGUUCCGCAACAUACCGUGAUGCUUAUUUAGGUUGAUGCAGAUGCUAAAAUAUUACAAUUUCCGAACUUAUCAACAUAAAUAUAUGUACAGGGUUGAAAAUAAUCGAAAAACCACCUAUAUAUUUCCUAGUUGCAAAGUUUUAAACCCUAUAUAUUACCAUAUAAAAAAUACAUCAAAUAAAAUUUAAAGCAGUUUUUAGCCAAAAUAUAAACAAUUGACAUACUAUAGCUUUAUAUUUAACAAUUUUUUAAAACCUUCCUAUAAAAGACAUAUAUAUAUAAGGGUCAUUCCAACAAAUAAAUUUUUUUUGCGGUGACACCCGCGGAUUUUUUUAUGAAUAACGUUUGUUUUUUUUUAAUUUGAGGGUCCUUUGUUAAAAUGAAUAUUUUCAUUGGAAAGCUGAGAAAUUAAAAAAAACUACUGUUUGUAUUUUUAUAGAACAUUUACAUAAAAAAAUUAAGUAAGUUAGAAUUUUGAAAAAAUAUGCGGGGCCACCCCAAAAAACUAUUUGGUGGAAUGACCCAUAUAUUUAGUAGUAAAUUAUGAGAAAUGUACAAAGUACAUUUGAUAGUAUAGCUGUUCUUUGCUGAUAAAUAGUUUUUUUUUACUUGUUAAUGUAAAUACAGGGUCAAAUUUUAAACAAAUACUACACCAAAAAUGGUAGAUCUGUUAUGUAUAUUUCGUUAUAAAAAUAUAAGAAACUUAGUUACUUUUAGGUAAUUAUAGUGAGAUUUUUCCUAUUUUUAUGUAAAUACAUAGGUACUACUUAUUUGAUAUACGGUUUUGUAUCAAAUAGAGAUUUAUUUGAACAACUUUCUUUAAAACUAAGCACAAUUAUUAAACUAAAUAAAAUACUUCAGUAUUAUGUGUUAGGUAAACUUUAUUAUUUUUGUAAUAAUUUAAAUUUUUCCACACUUGUUUUUGAUAUUAUUGUGUUAAUUUUAAUGGAAUUGUUCUGGUCAUGAUUGGGUUUAUGAGUCAAUAGAUACGUUUGUACGCACAAAAGGCCCAAAUGUAUUUUUUUUUAAUUAUUAUUAUUAUUAUUAUAUUGAAAAACCUGAGUGUGAUUUAAUUUAGGGAUAUAUUUUGUUAGUUAUUGUAUAUUGCUGUAUAUAGCCUGUUAAUAAAAAC